UGUCAAUUUGUAAUCUUGUGUUCGAUACCGGCAGUGUGGUUUGCUUAGCGAUUUUUCGAGAAAAUUCAGCAAAGUUAACGACGCUUUAUCACCAUUUACUUCAUUCCUACACAGAAACCGUUCGGUUUUCUUUUUAAUUCGUUUCCUGCCGUAAUCUCGCAUCAUCAAACAUCAUGACGGUCGACGAAGGCGUGGAUAUUUCGAAGGCGCAGGACCGCGGUGUGCUGAAGAGGAUCCUCAAGGAGGGCGAGGGUACGGAGACCCCCACCGCGGGCUGCUUCGUGCGCGUGCACUACACCGGCACGCUGCUCGACGGCAGCAAGUUCGACUCCAGCCGCGACAGGAAUGAACCCUUCGAGUUUCAACUGGGCAAGGGCUCUGUCAUCAAAGCAUGGGACAUUGGUAUUGCCACAAUGAAGAAGGGAGAGGUGUGCAUCCUGACCUGUGCCCCGGCCUACGCGUACGGAGACUCCGACAAGACCCCCAAGAUCCCACCUAACUCCACUCUACAGUUUGAGGUGGAGAUGCUGGAGUGGCAUGGCGAGGACCUGAGCCCCAACAAGAGCAAGGGCAUCCUGCGCCACAUCGUGGAGCAGGGGGAGGGCUUCGACACGCCUAAUGAUGGCGCGCUUGUCACUGUGGAGCUCGAAGGCAAGCUCCUAUCCGACGGCAAGGUGUUCGACACUCGCACCCUCACCUUCCCGCUGGGCGAGGGGGGGGAGGUCAAUGUCCCGGACGGGCUGGAGCGAGCGCUGGAGAAGUUCCUGAAGGGAGAGAAGUCCAGGGUCACGCUGAAGCCCAAGUACGCGUUUAAGUCUGAGGGGAACGCGGUGCUAGGUGUCCCAUCAAACUCAUCAGUAGAAUACACAGUAAAGCUCACCAACUUCGAGCGAGCCAAAGAAUCCUGGGCUAUGGACGGCCCCGAGAAGCUCGAACAAGCCAAGAUCUACAAGGAGAAGGGGACCAACUACUUCAAGCAGAGCAAGUAUCUGCUGGCCAUCAAGAUGUACAAGAAGGUCGUCACGCUGGUCGAUGACAUUCCAGCGGACACGAGCGAGACGGAAGAAAACAAAAAACUAGCCGACGAGUACCUCCUGUCAUCUCACUUGAACCUUUCCCUCGUAUACUUAAAAGUCUCUCCACCGCACUACUUCGAGGCCCGAGACCACGCUACUAAGGCCCUGGAUAAAGAUGAGAACAAUGUGAAAGGGCUAUUCCGCAGAGGUCAAGCGUUGCUGGGCAUGGGAGAGACGGAACAGGCUAUGAAGGACUUCCAGCAAGUGUUGAGUGCUGAGCCUCAGAAUAAGGCGGCGUCGAACCAGCUGAUAAUCUGCCGCAGCACGAUCCAGAAGCAGAAGCAGAAGGAGAAGCAGCUGUACGCCAACAUGUUCGACAAGUUCGCCAAACACGACGUGCAGGCGGAGAAGGAACGAGCUAAAGCCGAAGUGGACGUGAUAGGCGACGCGGUGGGCGAGUGGGGCGCGGGCGAAGGCGAGUGGACGGACCAGCAGCGGGCGCGGGAACCAACUGAAUUCGAGAAGGAGAACCCUAAUAUACUGUUGUUGGACAAGGAGGGGCAGUUUAAGAACAUGUGAGCGAGCGGGAUGGGUUGUGGUGAGGCGGUUGUGUAGGUCGUAUUCGAACUGGCGGCGAAGUUUUGUAGCAGUGAAAAUAAGCGUAUAAACCGCUAGGUGGCGUCUCUGCUGCGCUAUACAAAUUCGCGUUUACUCGCCACUACUGGAACGGAGUAAAAACUCGCUCUUUCCAUACUGAAUUGAAUCAUCAUCAGCAAUAAAAAGGCCACUGUUUGACAUUGGGAACGUCACAAAACUCACAAACUGUAUAAUAGCAAUGAAAUCGCAAUCAAUGGUAAAUACAUUUUUGAUCAAUUUUAGCUUGUUGGCCUCACAACCAAAUCUCAAAACCGUUAAGAGACAAAUGUAUGUUCAGCAGUCAGUAUUUUAGGGCUACUAUUUGUACGUAAUUAUCUAAGUAAAGCAUAAAAUUUGCCCGUUUAUUAGAAUACUUAUAUACCAUGACACGACCGCCCACAUCGCUUUAUAUUCAUAUUAUAUACAAAGAUCGGAUCUCGGCAAUAGUUUUCUAAUAUUUAGAACAAGCUAGCUUAGAUAUGCUGUGUGAUUUGGUGUGGCCAUGUAAUAAAAACACUUCUUUCUUAGAGGGUUAUAUGAAUCGUAAUUA